GUACAGCUCUGCUCGGCACGAUACGGCUCGGUUCGGCACGGCUCGGCUCGGCACGGCUCCGUUCGGCACGGCUCGGUACGGCUCGAGCCAGGCUGCCAUGGGAGGCUGCGGCACGUGGGCAUGGCGGGAGCUGCUGGUGCUGCUGGGCAGCGUGUGGCUGGGGGUGGGCGGCUCCCAGCCCACCCCCCUGGGCCCCACGCACGCUCCCGGGCCCCAGCUGAAGUUCCGUCUGGCCGGUUACCCGCGCAAGCACAACGAGGGCCGCGUCGAGGUUUUUUACAACGACGAGUGGGGCACCAUCUGCGAUGACGACUUCACGCUGGGCAACGCGCACGUGCUGUGCCGGCACCUCGGCUUCGUGGCUGCCACCGGCUGGGCCCACAGCGCCAAGUAUGGCAAAGGCGUCGGGCGGAUCUGGCUGGACAACGUGAACUGUGCCGGAGGUGAGAAGAGCAUCGGGGACUGCAAACACCGGGGCUGGGGCAACAGCGACUGCAGCCAUGAGGAAGAUGCGGGUGUCAUCUGCAAGGAUGAGCGCAUCCCGGGCUUCAAGGACUCCAACGUCAUUGAGGCGGAGCAGAGCCACGUGGAGGAGGUGCGCCUGCGGCCGGUGGUGUCGGGGGCGCGGCGGCAGCUGCCAGUGACAGAGGGAAUCGUGGAGGUGCGCUACAAGGACAGCUGGGCACAGAUCUGUGACGAGGGCUGGGACAGCCACAACAGCCGCGUCAUCUGCGGCAUGAUGGGCUUCCCAGCUGAGAAGAAGGUCAACAGGAACUUCUACAAGCGGCUGAAGCGAGCAGCCAGGACGAAGGGCCGGAGCCCGAGGCCAGGCAGCAGGCUGGCCUCCAAAUCUCAGCCUAAACAAAAGCGCAGGGAGGACGUAGGGCCCACGAAGAGGCUCUUCACGGAGCGGCAGCAGCUCAACUACCGCCUGCACUCGGUGUCAUGCACGGGGACAGAGGUGCAUCUCUCCAUGUGCACCUUCGAGUUCUACCGAGGCAAUGCCUCAGCUCCCUGCAGGGCCGGGAUGCCCGCCGUGGUCAGCUGCCUGCCCGGGCCCCUCUUCGCUGCUGGCAAUGCCCACAAGAAGAAACAGCGGCAGCAGCAGCAGGGCCAGCCCCGGAUCCGGCUGAAGGGCGGCGCGAGGGUCGGCGAGGGCCGUGUCGAGGUGCUCAAGAGCAGCGAGUGGGGCACGAUCUGUGACGACCGCUGGAACCUGCUGUCAGCCAGUGUGGUGUGCCGGGAGCUGGGCUUCGGCAGUGCCAAGGAGGCCCUCACCGGGGCACGCAUGGGCCAAGGGACGGGACCCAUCCACCUUAACGAGGUGCAGUGCCAGGGCACCGAGAAGUCUCUCUGGAGCUGCCCCUUCAAGAACAUCACGCAGGAGGACUGCAAGCACACGGAGGACGCAGCUGUCCGCUGCAACAUCCCCUACAUGGGCUACGAGAACCUGAUUCGGCUGAGCGGGGGCCGGAGCCGCUUCGAGGGGCGGGUCGAGGUGGCGGUGGGGGCUGGCGACAGGGACCAGCCCCGCUGGGGUCUGGUCUGCGGCGAAGGCUGGGGCACGCUGGAGGCGAUGGUGGCCUGUCGCCAGCUGGGUCUGGGAUUCGCUAACCACGGCUUACAAGAGACGUGGUACUGGGACGCCAGCAACGUGACAGAGAUGGUCAUGAGCGGGGUGAAGUGCGCUGGCCACGAGAUGUCCCUGAGCCACUGCCAGCACCACGGCGCCAGCCUGAGCUGCAGGAACACGGGCACGCGCUUCGCCGCGGGCAUCAUCUGCUCCGAGACUGCCUCCGACCUGCUGCUGCACGCGCCGCUGGUGCAGGAGACGGCCUACAUCGAGGACCGGCCGCUGCACAUGCUGUACUGUGCCGCUGAGGAGAACUGCCUCUCCAGCUCGGCCCGCCUGGCCAACUGGCCCUACGGGCACCGCCGCCUGCUCCGCUUCUCCUCCCAGAUCCACAACCACGGCCGGGCCGACUUCCGCCCCAAGGCUGGCCGGCACUCCUGGGUCUGGCACGAGUGCCACCGGCACUACCACAGCAUGGACAUCUUCACCCACUACGACAUCCUGACCCCCAACGGCACCAAGGUGGCUGAGGGACACAAGGCCAGCUUCUGCCUGGAGGACACGGAGUGCGAGGAAGAUGUGGCCAAGCGGUACGAGUGUGCCAACUUCGGGGAGCAGGGCAUCACUGUGGGCUGCUGGGACCUGUACCGGCAUGACAUCGACUGCCAGUGGAUCGACAUCACUGAUGUCAAGCCAGGCAACUACAUCCUGCAGGUUGUGAUCAACCCCAACUUCGAGGUGGCAGAAAGUGAUUUCACCAACAACGCCAUGAAAUGCAACUGCAAGUACGACGGGCACCGCAUCUGGGUGCACAGCUGCCACAUCGGAGAUGCACUCAGCGAGGAGGCCAACAAGCGGUUUGAGCAGUACCCGGGUCAGCUCAACAACCAGAUUUCAUAGGGCCCCAGACCCCAGAGAGAUGGGCAUCUCCCUCCCUCAUCCCGUAUGGGUGGGAGGAAGCCCCUGGGGGCUGGCAGGGAGGCCUCUUGCCCGGCACUGCUGCU